AUGGCUACAGCAACUCCUGGUCGUCCAUCCACAACGACGCUGGCGUCGACGAGGAGCUCGACGAUCAGUUCCAGCAGACCUACACCUCUACAAGGUUCUAUGGCGACACUAGGGACUAGGAGCGUCUCCUUGAGCCCCAAUUCUGCUUCACGAACGUCGACUACGAUACGGACAAACGCAGUCUUAUCGUUCAAUCCCCCUCCCUCGUCUCAAGUCGUUGAAACAGCUCAUCAAGUUGUGGGUACAUUAUCCAGCUACGAAGCUGAUGCAACGACUACCCGAGCCAAAGGGCCGUCACGCGUGGCUAUCGCUGUAGGCGUCGUGCUGGCGAUUCUGGCUGUCACCAGCAUAUUUGUUUCUCUCUUCCUCUUCUUGAAAUCUCGUCGGAGACACCGGACGUAUUCUGGAGACUUGCACUCCGCGAGUCCCUUUACCCAUCGGAGGGUUCAUCUCGAUCCAGGAAAAAAGAUGGCACCUGUGAAGAUACAUGUCAAGCGUGUACAUGACUGGAGCGACGCAGAGCAUGUCCCAGUCAUGCCAAAGGGGGUUGGGACAAGUGGAAGUGCAGAAAGACACCGACCCUUUCGUGUCCCCAGAAAGCUCCCGCCUAGUAUCUCCAGUUCCAUCCAGGUUCCAUCCAUGCCCGAGCUGGUCAGCGAAGAACACAGUGAAGGUGCAUCGACCUUCACCCUUCCUGCUACACCAACUCUUCAGAAGCCGAUUCGAGAAGUUGGCAACUCCAAGCUUAAUGAAUCUUCAUCAAAGGGAGUUGGUAUACCUGUGGAGGACUCGAAUGGACAGAGUCGUGCGACGAGUCCAAUUCCAAUCCCAGGGGUUCACGGGCAACUCCCAAGCUCUUUCGCACUCGAAGCGGAAACGAGAAAUACUCCCUUACAUCAACCCAUACCGUCUGUUGAUCAUGUUCAAGCGAUCACAGCCUCUACACCGACUGGUCCAGAACCUAAAUCUACGACAAGUCCAAACUCUCCUUCAGCAUGCCUUCACGGGCCAUUUGCAGUCGAUUCUCAGUCCGGCCUUACGACUUCUAUUACUGGAUCAAUGCCAUAUUUUGGGAGUGUGCCAGCAGCACGCUUCAGAAGAAAUGCUUGUACCCACACGAUGAGUGAUAUCGGAUCAUCCCAAGGUGUCAAAAUCGGGUUUGUCCCAAAUAACAUCCCGCUGGUAAACUAUCCCAGAUCUCACGAGGGCGCAGUCUCCGCCAGAGGAUCCAUCCAUAGUGUCAUGAACGCGGCACAUGGAGAAUCCUUGUACAAGAUGAGACCCCAGGCCGUGUGGCACCCGCAUUUGGGUCUGAAAAAAGCGCGUAGCGCAGAGGCUAUGCCUACGCACAGAACAAGGAGCAGCGGUAGCUACGAGGCGCCAGAGUCGUCACUCCCUUCACGGUCGAGAACUCCGAUUCGUCGACCCCCAAGAAAGGAGGUUCCCAGGCGGUUGAUCGCCGAGUUGGAAAGGGAGAUCGGCGGACCGAGUCUAGGCGACAUGGCCGAACAAGGGCGCUUGGUUGCCUUGUCAGGCUCUAGUGCAGAACUGAAGGAUAAUCUUGUGUUGGAUCGACUACCGUCUUCGACUCCUAUGCCCAUCGUGGACACGAAACGACGAGGCCCUCGACCGCGCUCCUCAUCACACGGUCAAUUUACCACGACAAUGUUUUAG